CAAAUACAAACUGCAGCAAUGAAUGUCAGUCAAUGGAGAAGAAUGAUGAAACCCACAUCACCUUUGAAAAUGUUUUGGUUAUUGUUAUUGGCAUUUUAUCAGUUUUGGCAAAUUCGUGCUUGAUUCUGGUCAUGAUCAAGGAUCCUUUAAAAGAAUUCCGAACAAAAAUAUCAUACUUAGUGAUAUGUUUAGCAGUUGCUGAUUUGCUCACUGCCAUUAAUGGAAUACUGUAUGGUAUUCUGUUUUCGAUGAACAUGUACGAUAUAUCUUUGUGGUAUCUCAUUUGGACGUCGGUUCUAGUGUCUGUUUUUACGGUAUUUGGAAUGUGUGUGGAGAGAUGGUUUGCAAUACUGUACCCAUUUAAAUCAAACUCAGUUCGAUCAAAAAAACUAACGCUUUAUUUUUGUAUUGGUGUUUGGAUCAUAUGUGGUGGAAUGGCUUCCUCUAUUCAUUUUCUACCGCUAGUCUCUCCUUUCGUUCUCAGUUCUACCUUAGAAAUGUUUCUGUUUGUUAUCGUGUUUCUAUAUCUGAAUAUGCUUCAUGGUAUUAAGCAAAAUCUCAAAACCUCAAAUGCAGUCGGUGAUGUACCUUCAUCUCAAAAGGAAGCUAAGACCAAUCUCUCAAAAAGAUACAAAAUGGCUAUCGAAGCACAAUUGGUGAAAGUUGUGUCUAUUUUAGUUCUUAUAAUGUUCCUGACAUUUAUUCCAUACAAUCUUGCUAUUCAAAUUAACUACGGGUAUUUGCUUUUCAGAGGAACUUCUCCAAGCAGCGUAACACUUUUUGCCAGAUACUUCUUUCCUGUAAAAUUUUUGAACUUUUUGUUAAAUCCUUUUGUAUACGCAUGGCGUUUGAAGAAGUACAGAAAGUCCUUUUCCUUGGUAUUUUGCAGAUGGAAGAGAAAAAAAGUGAUACAAGUUAUUUCCAGUGGAGAAAAUAACUUCACCGUAAGAGGAUUUGAUGGCAUGUAUAGCAGUCGCUAAUUUAAAUAUCAUUCAUUUUAUUAUUCUAAAAAAAACUUUUCUCAAAAUAAAGAUCUGUUCAUAUAAUUUGUGUUUGAUUUUACAGAAAGGUAUUUGCUAAGCCUGGUAAAACAUAUUUUUUUUGUUUAACUCUAAGAGAAUUUUUGCAUUCCUCUGGAAGAUAAAUAUAGCGUUGCCACUGAUGUGUGACCUGACAGGAAAUAAUAACAUGUAAUAACAUAGCAAUUUCAACAAUCGUUAGUGUGGAUUUAAUAAAAAGCUGCUAUCUUUUAAGCUUAUAUGUCGUAAAAAACAAGAAUGAAUUAUGAAAUUCAUUUUCUUAAGAAAUGAAUGGUAUUUGCAUAGCAGUAGAAAAAUUUGAGUUGUUAAAA